GCGAACGCGCCGGAGAAACCUCGAGCGAGGCGCGAGACGCGUCUCGUAAAGUUUGGCGUCGUCGAGGGCGAGAACCGCGGCGAGGACGCGAUGGAUCCAGCGCGGACGAUAGAGGACGAUUUGUUUUGGUUGCGAGACGACGAACGGAAGAGCGAUGAGAUUUUAAAGCACUUGGAGCGGGAAAAUGCGUACACGGAAGCGCACACUGAACAUCUGAAAAAAUUGGAGACGAAGAUUUACGAAGAAAUCAUCGCGACGAUUGAAGAGACGGAUGUGGACGUGCGCUUCGCGUGGGGCGAUCGUCACGAGUAUUGGGUCAAGACGCAAAAGGGCAAGGCGUAUCCGAUCAUUUAUCGAUGCGAGCGCGCGAAUGGAAAGCACGUGGAGAAGGUUUUGGACGUCAACGAGGUCGCCGCCGAGAUGAAGUAUUGCUCGCUCGGCGGGUUCAAGCCGUCGCCCACGCACGACGUGUUAGCGUAUGCCAUCGACGCCACGGGGUUCGAAACGUACACGGUUCGGUUCAAGGACUUGAAUACGAAUGAGCUCUUGGACGACGUCCUCGAGGGAUGCGCGGGCGGCGUGAGCUGGGGAGGCGGCGUCAAUCGCGAGGUGUAUUACUCGACGAUGGACGACGCUCAUCGCCCGGACAAGGUGUGGCGCCACACCAUGGGAACGCCGCAAUCGAGCGACGUGUGCGUGCUCGAAGAGCCUGACGAGUUGUUUAACGUCGGGUUCUCGCGAACGUCGAGCGGACGAUACAUGAUGCUCGAGUCUGAAUCCACGGAAGAAAACGAGUGUUAUGUCAUCGAUUUGGACGCCGCGGACGCGGCGCCGGAUGUGCGUCUUGUGCAAAAGCGAUCGCCACUCCAUCGGUACUACUUGGAACAUCGAGGCGAUACGUUUUACGUGCUGACGAACAAGGACGAGAAGAUAAAUUUCGAGCUCUUGAUGACGCCCGUCGACGCCUUAGGGCAAGACAACUGGGUGCCAGUCGUCGACGGCGCCGGCGCGCCGGUGUUCGCGUACGACGAUAAACGCACGCUCGAAAGUUUCUUCGCCUGUAAGAACCACCUCGUCAUCGAUGGUCGCGAAAACGGCUUCAGCGCGAUGUGGGUCGUGCGUCUGAGCGAGGAAAGCGGCGAGGUGGUCGACUGGCACAAGACGGAGUGGCCGAGCGAAAACGCCCUCGUGUACCCAAGCGUCGCCGGUGAGACGCUUCGAUGUGUCGGCGCCAAUCAAGUGUGGGACACAAACGAGAUUUACGUGUCGUAUUCCUCGCUCAAUCAGCCGCGCACAGUGUACAAGUACGACAUGAACACCAAGUCAAAGAAGGAGAUGAAAAAGACUCCGGUGAAGGGCUUCGAUACGAGUAAGUAUACAACGAUGCGACUCGAAGUCACCGCGCGCGACGGCGUCAAGGUUCCGGUGUCCAUCGCGUUUAAAACGAAUUUGCGAGCGCACCGAGGACCACUGUUGUUGGAGGGUUACGGCUCUUACGGUAUAAGCAACGAUCCGGCUUUCAUGCGCACGGCGGUGCCGCUUAUGGACCGCGGCGUUACCAUCGCUAUAGCGCACAUUCGUGGUGGUGGAGAGAUGGGACGCGAGUGGUACGAGAAGCAAGGCAAGUACUUCACUAAGCUCAACACGUUUCAUGAUUUCAUCGACGUCGCCGAACAUUUAGUGAGCACGGGGUGGACACAACCGAGCAAACUCGCGAUUAGCGGUCGGAGCGCCGGCGGUUUGCUCAUGGGGGCCACGCUCAACAUGCGGCCGGACUUAUUCCGAUGCGUCGUUGCGGGCGUUCCGUUUGUGGACGUCAUGGUGUCCAUGUGCGAUCCCUCGAUUCCCUUGACCACGGGCGAGUGGCUGGAGUGGGGUAAUCCGAACGUCGAGAAAUAUUUCGAUUACAUGAUGAAGUACGCGCCUAUGGAAAACAUACGACCCAUGGAGGUUGCCCCGGAUGUGCUCAUCACCGCGGGAUUGUACGAUCCGCGCGUCGCGUAUUGGGAAUCCGCCAAGUACGCCGCUCGUUUGCGCGAUGCCGUCAAAAAUGGUGCGCGCGUGUUGCUCAAGACAGAUCUCAGCGCCGGUCACUUCAGCGCGAGCGACAGAUAUCAGCACUUCAAGCAAACCGCGUUCGAGCACGCGUUU